AUGUCUACAUCACCCAUACCUAUCAGGACGCCGCUGCGACGUGAGGCCUCCACGCAAUUGAAUAUUAUCAUCGUUGGCGCCGGAUUAGGUGGAGUGGGCGCUGCAAUCGCUCUGCUUCUUGCUGGACAUAAGGUCACGAUCCUUGAAGCGGCCUCUGAGAUUGCAGAGGUCGGUGCAGGUAUUCAAUUGCUUCCGAACAGCUCCCGUGUUGUCCAAUCCUGGGGUAUGCGGGAACGCCUUGAGAAACAUGCGACCAAACCCUCACGAAUCAACGUACUUGGCUGGAAGGGCAAUUUGAUCUCGCACAUGGAUUUCCACGAAUCGGCAAGCGCGUAUCCAGGCACCUUCUACUGGGAUUUUCACCGAGCGAACUUGCAUAAAUGCCUGCUUGAACGAGCAGUUGAACUUGGCGCUGAGAUCAAAGUGCAGUCGCGAGUGGUGGAUGUGAGAAUUGCCGGUGUUGACGCUGAGACCGCCACUGUCGUCCUUGAAUCGGGGGACGAAUAUGUGGCGGACCUCGUGAUCGGAGCCGACGGUAUCAAUUCGCGUCUCAGGGAAGUCUUGCUCGGUCGCUCUGAUCCACCUACACCGAGCGGCGAUUUGGCUUACAGAUUGCUCUUGUCGACGGAACAAAUGCUGAAGGAUCCCGAGUUGGCACCUUUCGUAAAGGAGCCGCAGGUCAAUUAUUGGCUCGGACCGGAUGCGCAUGCGGUAAAUUAUGUGCUUCGAGGCGGUAAGCUGUUCAACAUGGUGCUGCUGGUGCCAGAUGACAUGCCUGUUGGAAGUGCCAACACUCUUGAAGGUAACGUGGAAGAAAUGCGUGCCUUGUACAAGGACUGGGACCCACGGAUACCAUCCCUGCUAUCAUUAUGUGAGUCGGUAUACAAAUGGCGCUUGCAGACCCAUGUGAGCAAGGAUCCGUGGACUCACCCAUCUGGCACGUUUACCAUGCUCGGCGACGCGGUCCAUGCCACCUUGCCAUAUCUGGCCUCGGGAGCCGGAAUGUGCCUCGAGGACGCUGCUGUACUUGGUGAGUUGUUCUCACGAGCACCAAAUCCAAGGUCUCCAACCGUAAAGCAGCAGCUGCUUGAGAUAUACGAAAAUUGUCGAAAGGAGAGGACUGCAAUGAUCGUGGAAAGGGGCAACUUGCAGCAAUAUCUGUACCAUCUGCACGAUGGACCUGAGCAAGAAGAAAGAGACCGCAAGAUGAUUACGAAGGAAGAAGGUGAGGCAUUGGCUUGGAGAGACUCGGGUCUGGCACCGAAGUUGUUAGGUUAUCAGGUUGAGAAAGAUGUGGACCAAUAUUGGCCUCCAAUUUGUCUGCAAGAUCCGCAGUCCUCUGAGAAGAGUCCCAUUCAAAGUCACCUAUGAAUGCUGAAGUAUGGUCUCCAGGUACGCACCAACGGAAGACGCCACGCUGUUACCCAUCACCUCUUGGCUGCCUGGAAGAGUCGAGUUCGGACACAGUUGAAGUGCUCUGCAGCUCACUUCGUUCCCGGUGAUCUCGAUGGGUUGUCGUGGCAUUGGGAUCACUCUGCAUGAAAUGCCGGUGUACUGGACUGCC